CUGUCUCUCUUCCCGCAGGAAGCAGGAACUGGGUUGAUGGGAUCUCAGCCAUGUGUUCUCAGUUCCUGAACACACAAUCAGCCGAGCACGGCCAAGCGACAUGUCCGCGGAGCAGAAGGAGCUCACUCAGACACCGCUGCUCAAGAUAUGGGUGCCAGGAAUGGGCAGUUCCCUAGGCCAAAGGAGAGGCUCCUCACGACCCCAGUUUACAAACUGUCCCACAAUGAUUGUGAUGGUUGGUCUGCCAGCCAGGGGAAAGACCUACAUCUCCAAAAAGUUAACCCGAUACCUAAAUUGGAUAGGAGUCCCAACUCAAGUCUUUAAUCUGGGUCAGUAUCGAAGGGAAGUUUUGCAGACAUACAAGAACUAUGAAUUUUUUCGUCCAGACAAUGAAGAGGCCAUGAAAAUCCGCAGAGCCUAUGCCUCAAAUGCUCUUAAGGACAUCGCCAGUUACUUCACUAAGGAGCAGGGACAAGUUGCAGUACUUGAUGCCACCAAUACUACGAGAGAGAGAAGAGGAGUCAUUAUCAAUUUUGCCAAGGAGAAGGGCUAUAAGGUGUUUUUCAUUGAGUCGGUUUGUGAUGACCCAGAAAUCAUUGAGGCAAAUACAAUGCAAGUAAAACUGAGCAGCCCAGAUUAUGAAAACUACGACAAAGAGGAAGCACUGGUGGACUUUCUGAAGCGUAUUGAUUGUUAUAAAAUGUCCUAUGUCCCCCUGGACGAGGAAAAGGACAGGCACCUCUCCUUCAUUAAGAUCUUUAACGUGGGAUCCAGGUACCUCGUCAACCGCGUCCAGGAUCACAUUCAGAGUCGAAUAGUGUAUUACCUCAUGAACAUCCAUGUCACACCACGAUCCAUCUAUCUGAGCCGCCAUGGAGAAAGUGAGCUCAACCUGCUUGGAAGAAUCGGUGGAGACACAGGCCUCUCUUCACAGGGCCAAAAGUAUGCUAAGGCCCUUGCAGAGUUCAUCAGGGGUCAGUCCAUCAAGGACCUGAAGGUGUGGACCAGCCACAUGAAGAGGACCAUACAGACAGCAGAGGCACUGGGCGUCCCAUAUGAACAGUGGAAAGCGUUGAAUGAAAUUGAUGCGGGUGUAUGUGAGGAGAUGACUUACGAGGAGAUUCAGGCAACCCAUCCAGAAGAGUUUGCCUUAAGAGACCAGGACAAGUACCGCUAUCGAUAUCCAAAGGGUGAAUCGUAUGAAGACCUGGUGCACCGUCUAGAGCCAGUCAUAGUUUGGGUUGAAGAAAAUGUGAUGUUAUUGUGAUACCAGGCAGUCAUGCGUUGUCUACUGGCCUAUUUUCUGGACAAAAGUGAAGAUGACCUACCAUAUCUAAAGUGUCCUUUGCAUACUGUUCUCAAACUAACUCCAUUAGCUUACGGAUGCAAAGUGGAGUCCUUCUAUUUAAACAUCCAAGCAGUGAACACACACAGGGACAGACCCACAAAUGUGAAUGUCGCAAGAAAGCCAGAAGAAGCACUACAGACUGUACCUGAACAUCUAUAAUCAUAAAAAAAACCUUAAAUUUGCCAUUUUUGCACAAUUAAUCUACCCAUAGAUUGUGUAAAUGGAUAACAAGGUGGGAGGAAGGAAUUUAAAAGGACAUGAGCAUAUGUUUCCAUUUAAGAUUAUCAAGGUCUGCAAACACAAAAGUGGGAUCCAAAAGUCUGAGACCACAUGUUUUUUUUUUUCUUCUCAAAACAUUUAAUGUAAUGAUUUAAUUUUUAUUUCCAAUUCAACUCUUCAUUUAAAUUUUGUGGUUAAUAUGAAUUUUCCUUACAAAUUAUACUGAUGUAUUAAAUUAGAAAACUCAGAA